GAAUUUUACCAGUCAAGACUGAAUGAAAAGUUUUGAAAUUUAAAUGUGGAUUUUGUUUGUGGACUUUUUGUUGAGAUGAUUUUGUGGUGCUAGGAUGUGGAUAUGUGGAUUAAGAAGUGAAAUUCUGUAGUUUUGAAUGCAGGAAGCAUUUGGGAGAUAAAUUUGAAAUUUAUUAAGUGCUAAGAACGGCUUAAUUUGAAGAAGUUGAAUAUAUUGAGCAUAAAUAUGAAAUUAUGUAAUUUUGAGGAAUGAAAAAUUGCAAAUUAGUGUCAAAAUAUGAAAAAUAAUUGUGAAUUUGAACUAAAAAUGGAUACAUUAGUUCCCACGCAGCUAAUGUCCCCACAACCCCACUAAAUCCCCACCAAGAUUAACAAUGAAAGAAACCAAAACGAGUCAAAGAAAAAGUCAAAGAAGAAAAAAAUGUCGCGAAAAGGACGAAAUAAGAAAAAUCCCAACGAUGAAAUUGAGGCAAUGAGGAAAAUUUUCUGCGAUGAGGCGUCAAAUCAGAUGAAAAUGAGGAACUUCGCGAAGGCUGUGAUUGGGUAUAAUCAGAAACCAUCAAAAACCAACAACCAAACACCAACAUUCCAUCGAAUUUCCUUCAAACCAUCCAAUCAUCAACCAGCGCCAUCUGUAUCUCAAGCAUCAAGUUCAAGACAACGAUCGUCAUAG